GCUCCAAUCCUUCGUGAUGUAGCCUUCGUGUUUUCUCCUGUAACUUUAAUUCUUCUUUCUAAAAGCACAGCUUCCCAAGUCCUUUACCCAUUAACUAUGAGUUUAUUUCCCAUUUUUUAAGUAGUAUCAUGAUUAGAUUGACCAUCGGUCAGUGUUUUAUGCUUUUUGGAGCUUCUUAUGUUGUGUGGACAUGUGGAUGCGGACUGGAAUGGCUCAGACCCAUAAGGAGAUUCCUAGAGAAACGAAGGAAACCUCAUAUUGGUCGCAAAAUGAUGAAAGAUGUUGACAGCAACGCCCCCUGCUGUCCAUCCUGUCAUAUACCUUUUGAUAAAGGAAAGAGGCGACGGUUAAUUGACAGCUGCGGCCAUGAGCGGUGUUUCACGUGCGUCGCCAAUACGGAAGGUUGUAACCUUUGUGUAAUGGACGCUAACCCAAUACCUGGCUGUCCACAGCGUGGAGACAGCCCAGCGUCAACUCGACCUCGACUGAAAACCAACGGUCAUUUUACUACGUAUAUGCAGGCUCGGACAGAUAGAUUCCGAAACAGCCCUGAGAGACCCAUCAGUAAUUUUGAAACUCCAACAAAAUAUCCACUUAGUCCCACGUCUUCCCGAUUCUCUUGGCAACAGAGGCGCCACCUGCGGCCGAACACCGUUAGUAUUGAUAACCAUAGCACGUUAUCAGAUUGGGCAACAAAUAGCCACUGGCCGCUGAACCUGAUAAGAAAAAUUCGCUCUCUUUGGACUAUAGAUGACGAACUUCCGCACCAAGUCAUAAACGGAAGUGACGACAUAACAAAAAAUGAUUUUUACACACGACUUGGAUUGCUGUUGGGUGAGAACGCUCAAGCAUCUCCAAGAAACACACCCCCACGACCUGGCUCCACCAAUCCGAGUAGUCAGGAAUCUUAUGCGAGUAUAUCGUCAUUGGCUAGUAGCGAAGCUAAUUUGUCGGGAUCCGCCAACACUAGUCCCUUAUCUACACUUACAGUUUCUUCAGCUGCUGAAGAUAUGAGAACGAUAGGCAGCAACCUGCGGGCCAGCCGUGAACCGAGCUGUGAUAGUGUGGCCUCCCUCAUGAGCUCAUGCCAUAGUGGCUCUCUCAGUCCUUUGGCGACAAACUUUCGACGUCAACUUAGUGAAAGGAUUAAAGAGUCUAGUCCUUUUCGAAAACGGUCGGCUUUGAUACGACGAUCUGAAAGAAGUAGCAGAACAUCGUUUGGAUUGGAGAAUAGAGGUCGCAGUCAAAUUUACGCAAUGAUCACAUUACCAUUAAGGCCAUUAUUUUUUGAAGUUCCUCAGACAGAGAUGGAGCUUGUGUUCAUUGGUAGGCAGUGGUUAUUCAAAGAGAUUGAGCAGGAGCUAUUAUCAAGUUCUGUUAGCAACCGAGGAGUAGUCAUCACUGGUGGACCAGGAUCGGGAAAAACUGCCCUUAUUCUUCAACUAGUGGAUUAUAGCAGUUUUGGACGAAAAAGAGAAGACAGUCCUUAUCAUAGUAAAGACACAUUGUCAAGCAAUGGUAGUGAUGCUAUGUCAACCUCAAGUGGUGAUGGCACUCCACAUUAUCAAUCUCGACUUAGUUUGACCCAUGAAGCUGCUCGAUCUCUGGGAGGCCGUGUGGUAGCUUACCAUUUCUGUCAAGCUGACAACAACAUCACAUGCCUCGUGCCUGAGUUUGUACACAGUGUGGCUGCUCAACUGUGCCAGUCUCCUCAGCUAGUUGGAUACAGAGAGUUGUUUUUGAGAGAUCAGAGGUUUCAAGACUUGCUAUCAAUGUCAUCUUGCAUAGCAAACCCAAGUUUAGCUUUUAUCAAAGGUAUUCUGGAACCAUUAAACUCACUUAGAAGACUUGGUAGGGUACCCAAUACCAUGUGCAUCAUUGUGGUUGAUGGCUUAAAUGAAGCAGAAUUUCACAGGCCUGAUUAUGGAGAUACACUUGCCUCUUUCAUUUCAAGGCACAUUCUACGAUUUCCCCCUUGGCUGAAAGUUAUAGUUACUGUACGAACAGUAUUCCAGGAAAUCACCAAACUAUUGCCCUUUCAUCAUAUCUCGUUAGAUAGAAUGGCAUCUAAUGAAAACUUAAACCAAGACCUUAUUGACUAUGUUACUUUUCGAAUCAGCUCGCAAUCAACCAUUCGUGCUAAUAUUGCUAUAUCAAACUCAAAAUCUGAAGGUUGUUCUUACAUUAGAUUUGCCAACCAUCUUGUGUCUCUUAGCAAAGGCUGCAUGUUGUACCUCAAAUUGACUUUAGAUCUCAUUGAAAAGGGUCAUCUGGUUAUAAAAAGUAGUAGUUACAAGGUUCUUCCCGUCAGCCUCUGUGAAGUAUAUCUGCUUAGUUUCAACUUAAAAUUUACAACUAUUCGAUCUUUUGAGAGGGUGAGUAGCCUACUUCAAAGCUGUUUGGCCACCAUGUGUCCUCUUACCCCACUGGAGCUCUACCACUCGGUCAAUGCAGGGAUUGUGUGUCAGCCUCUCACUUGGCAAGACUUUCUUGAAAGGCUAGACUUGCUGACUGCCAAUAACUUUCUAGUACUGAGACAAGACAAAACUCUGAUGUUUGCUCACCCUUCUUUAAGAGAGUGGCUCAUCAGAAGAGAGGAGAAUGAAGGAAUAAAAUUCAUCUGUGAUGUAAGAACUGGACAUGCAUUAUUAAGUUUGCGAAUGAGCCGACUGGAAGCACCCCUUAAUCCAAACCAGUGUUUAGAGCUUGGCCACCACAUCCUAAAAGCUCACAUAUACAAGUCUGUAGUACGAGACCUACCUUCGGGGGUUCUUUCUCGUGAUCUCCAGGCUCUGUGGGUUCAUCAGAGCACUGAUGAUAUCUCGAGAGCUUUGAGUACUGUAAGAAAUGUAUAUAGUCCUAAUGUUAAGGUCAGUAGACUAUUAUUGCUUGCUGGAGCAAAUCCUGACUGUAGAACCACUGAGCUGAAUGAUGCCCCACUUCUGGUUGCUGCUGCUCACCAGGGGUACACAGAAAUGGUGUCAUUGCUCUUAGAGUUUGGAGCAGACAUAAAUGCUUCAUCUUCAGAUGGUCUGAGUCCUCUGUGCUCAGCCAGCAAACAGGGAUGUUUAGAAAUUGUUUGUCUUCUUCUGAGUAAAGGUGCUAAGAUAGAUCAACCUGACAAGAAUGGGCGAUGUUCUUUAGUAUGUGCUGCCAUGAAUGGACAUUUAGAAGUUGUCAGCAACCUUACGCAGUCUGAGUGGUCUGGAGAAAUAGGACUGGGAAGGGCAUCUCAACAGGCUGUAGUUGCAGCAGCUGAAAAUGGUUACACAACUGUGUGCGAGUUUCUGCUAGAUAUGUCAGAGGUGAGAGUGAAUGCUCCAGAUGACCUUACUGGUCAGACUCCUCUCACUGCAGCCUGUUAUGCAGGGCAUGCUGAUGUCUGUGAUAUGCUACUGAGACGUGGUGCUUCUGUUUCUAUCCUUAACUGUCAGGGGGAACCACCACUGAUGUGUUCUGUGAUAGAAGGCCACUGGGAGGUAGUGGAGCUUUUAUUGAGUCACAAGGCUGUUUUGGAACAAACUGAUAGCAAAGGUCGUACUGCCUUGAUGAUGGCAGCAAGAGAAGGACAUUUAGGAAUUCUGGAGCUUCUCUUGUCUAAAGGUGGCAGCACCAAUGCAUCAGAUAAUGAAGGUAUGACUGCUCUUUGCUGGGCAUGUUGUAGAGGGCAACUUCAAGUAGCCCAGUGUCUAUUGAAUCAUGAUUCAAAUAUUCACCAUAAGGACAAGCAUGAACAAACUCCUCUGGACUUAGCAGCCAUUCAUGGAGAUCCAACAGUUAUUCAACUGCUGUUAGACAGAGGGGCAUCUACAGAACAUGGAUGUGUAAGACCACUGGAUCGAGCAGUAGCCUGUGGCAAUCUGGAUGCAGUGGCUUGUUUUUUGCGCAAGGGUGCAAAACUUGGACCACAGACAUGGGCAAUGGCAGAAGGAAAAGCAGAGGCUUUACAUCUGCUACUGAAGAAAUUACUGGAUGAUGGAACAACUUUAUCUAAGAAGGGUCGACUCAAGGAAGCAGCUUAUCGCUACCAGUACGGAUUGAAGAAGUUUCCAAAAGAAGAACCACUUGGAGAAUAUCAACUCAUUUUUCAACAGCUCAAAUUCCAGUUUUUAAUCUCCUUGUCACGGUGCAAACGAAAGAUGCGUGAUUAUGUGGCAGCCAUUGAAGCUGCAGAUAAAGCAACGGAAACUAAACCUAAAGCGUUUGAAGGCUAUUACACGAGAGCACGUGCUAGGCAAGAAGCUGGUCAUCUAGAAGCUGCCCUUCGUGAUCUGAACGAGGCAUUGCGCUUAGCCCCACAGAAUCAGGAUGUCAGAAAAAUGCUUAUUCGUGUGAAAGAAGAAAUGACCAAUGCACAUCAGGAUGCAGGACAGUAUACAAUGUUGUCAACUUUAUCUUCGAAAACAGAAAAUCGUAAUGGCCGCUUCAGUAUGGAUUCUGCGAAACUAAGACCUUUGAGUGAAUCAGCAGAAACAGUCGUGGCUACAAACAUCACCAGCGCUGUCUCACGGAUACCCUCCAAACCACUAGAACAUACGAGACACGGAAUUGAAACGGCUAUUUGAACAUUCUUUUGUGCUCUUUUAGGCUUAGUUCUUGAGAAGAUUAAGCAAGUGAUGUCGUUCAAGUUUAAAUUAAAGUUUUGAGGUUAAGAUGGUUUUAAUUUUAUAAAAACUUGAGAAAGACAAAGGUUGUUGUUUUGUACCAGGUUUGUACAUAAAUAUUGUUCAUUCUGAACUAGGUAAAAAUAUAUGUUAUUGGAGUUUGUUGUUACCUAGUCUGGGUUAUGUACAGAGUUUGUAUGUAACAUCUAAGAGGUGAUCUGAGGGUCAAAACUAUUAUUUUUCUUUCAGGCAAGUUUUUAAUCACAUUUUCAUGGCCCAAAUUGGCAUCUUAUUUGACUAGUCAUUCCCUCUAAAAGAAUAAAAUAUCUCUGCCGUUCUUUUUAAUUCCUCUUAUUCUAUAUUAGUUAAAUAUAUUUUAUGCUAUAAAGUAUAUGUACAAUCAAACUUUAUAACUGUCCAGAAGAGUUUUCUGAUCAAAACUUUUAACUAAUAUGACGUUGUUCGAGGGUACGUUUUAAACUUUUAUGAUUGGCGUAACCAAUCGUGUACUGUUUUUGUUUUUUUUCUGUAGAGUUUUUUUUUUUUUUUACGGUCUCUUCACGCUUCCAAACACUUACCCUGUAAAUAAAAAAAAUGUUGCAUUAGAUUUAAAAUUAAUGUCGGUAAGGGACUAUUAAUAGUAGAGAACUUAUUAAAAGUACAGGUUUUCCACUGUACCUUAGGUCCGAAUACACUCCAUAUCGCAUUUCUGCUUUAUAGUGAUCAUUCCCAGUUGGUGUUUGUUAUUUACAUUUGUUUUUAUAUUAUUUUCCAAGUUAUCUGCGUUGUAAGAAUGCAUUAUUGGGUCAAUGGUGAUAGCAAUGUAAAGAAAGAACAAUCGGAGAAUCGUACGAGAGACUAUCAAACACAACGUCCGUUUCUACGGACUCCCUGUUGUCAACAAUUAUUAUGCCUUUUUUUCUUAUAUUGAUAUAAUGAUCAGAUGCGCAAGAUCUGUCUGAUCUUAACUGGUGUAAUUCGAACACGAUGGGAAGACUGUAUCACCCUAUUUACUUCCUACACGCUAUUGAGACUUUGAAUUAAAAGUUCAUUUAAUUACUAACUAUAUCCUAUUUAUCUGACAUUGCCAGUUCACAAUUAUGAGGAAUCUCUUAUUGAAACGGGGGCAUUAGUUUUUAAUAUACGUUUUUCGUGCGAGUUUUAGGCCUAGAAAUUUUUAUAGGCCAUAGCAUGCGUUCUCUCGUUUUGUUUUGGACUGUGUUGUUAUUUUAUAACGUAGAGGAAGAUUGGUGUGAUAGUGGUUCAUAUCGUUGUUUGCAUGUUACUAGAGGACAUACAGAUGAUUUGUUUAAUAGCUUCAGAACUAAAGCCUUAGUCAUCUAUCAGAUUACGACCACUACUCACUAUUUGCCAAACAUUUUGUAUUUGAAUCAUUACCCACUAAGGGUAAAAUUAAAAAACAAUUUUCCGUCGUUAUUUACUGGUAUAAACAAAAUGGGAAAUGAUGAAAAAAUUUGAGAAAAAUAAAACGAAAGCUGGAAAAUAAAUUAUUUAAAUAAAAUUCUAGAGAAGAUGAUGGUAGAAGACUCUUCAUUUUCAAAUGAUUUCAUUGAUGUUAAAACUUGUUUAAACUGCAAUAGACUGUUUACCAGAUUCAACCAACUGUUAAUGGGUGACUGGUUUUAAAAAGUAUAAUGAUAAGAUAAAACCCUCAAGGAUAUAUUUUAACGGAACGUUUUAUUAUUAUACAGAACCAAAAAAAUUUAAAAAUAUUAUGGCUGAUCUUCCCCAGGCUCUAUAUAACUCUGUUGCAAAUUACAAGCUUGUAUAUUCCUGGCUUCAUAUUCAUCAUUAUUUUUGGAUGUCAUUAACCAUAUUUCUCUUUAACCUAACUUCCCUGUUAACAACGUUUGUUGAUGGUAAAUUUGUGGAUAUUUUGACGCUUACAAAUGUAAAACACGACUUUUAUAUAGGAAGUAUAUAGGAAGUAUUUAGAAUUUUAUAUAUAUUUUAACUUGAAUAUAGAAGACUGUUUUCAAGCUAUAAACAGUAAAUAUUCUAACGUUUAAUGAAUAUUUAUUUGGAGACAUGCAAUAUACAGAAACUUCAGCCUCUAAGAAAACAGUUAAUUAAUUACACUUCACCAUUUAUUCGCAGUCCUCGAUGGAAUUGUAGUGUUUAUUAUUGGUAGAAGUCGGAGAUUCAAUCAUACAGGCGAGUUUGAUGAGUGUUUGGUUAACGGUCAUUGCCAUCUUGUUCCUUUUUAGUAAUGUGCGACAUCGAAACUAAGUUUAACUUAAAGAUGAUGAUGUUUUUGUUUUUUUCAGUUUGUUUCGAAAUUGCAUUCUAUUUCUCCUAAUAAUACAUAAUCCUUGGAAUGUUUUUCGUGUUCGAUAGUAACAGAAACAUAACAGAAUGUUUGUAAAAGACAAUUCGGAUCUUACAGUUAACGAGAUGGUUUCGCUGUAACCAGUCUGUCGGCGCAUGUCAAUUUCACUUCUCUGGUUUCUUUCUACUUUAGAGAUGCCUAUACGAAACUUGAACUUUCAAUAGAUUUGGAAUAUCCACAAACACAAUAGAGUCAGCACUAAUGGAGAUAGUUGCACAGGUGUUAAGAUUCCCUUCCCGUUACUGGAAAAAACUCCUCUCUACUUUCUCUGGACCUUUCAAUAGUUAGGAAUUUCUCAGUAUAGUUUAUAAUGUUUCAACUUUACAAUUCUUACCAGUGGAACGUAAUGAACAACACGAUGUCUUCAGAAAGUUGGAAAUAAAGAAUGGUCAUUAAAAAAAAUAGUAGUAGUUACUGAAUUUCUGUCCGUGAUCGCUAGAAACCCAGAUAACAUAAAAUUACCAACAACUAGAAUGUAUGAUGACGUAUGUCACAGAAAAUAUGAUCUUUUAGGGUUUUGUUAUAAUGUGUGUAUAUCGCUUAGAAGGAGCUGUUAUAGUGUUGGACUUCAGGAAUACUUUGUGAACUAACGAGCUGUUUUACGUAAUGGUUGAUUUUUUUUAUUGCAACCUUUUGAAAACUGUGUACUAAAAUAUAGAUAAAAAUAAUUUUUCUAGGAAAAUAUUUAUUAAGUUUUGAGUUCAUAUUUCAAAGUUGGAAAAUAUUUUUAAAAUUUGAUUUAAUAGAAUCACUGGCCUUGUACGAGAAAGACCAUAAGAUAUUUUUGUUUAGUUUACGUUAGCUAAGUUAUUGAACUGAAAAAAAGCUUAGAAGUGUUAAAAUAACGUGUAAGAUAUUUCUUUUAAGCUCUCAGUGGUUCUAUUAUCGUUAAAUUCUCCAAAAAAAAAUGCAACAUUUAUUUCAAACCUGCAUGAGAAUGCUGUGAAAAAUAAAAUUUUGUUUUAUA